UGGACAUCUGAUUCUCAAGUUCGGUUCUACUAAUUGCCGCAAGAUGGGCUCGCUCUCGCGCUCUCUUCCCUCCCGACGUAAUUAAAUUGCUUCAUAUAUAAAUAGAUUUUCGCAAAAACUGCACUCAGUUCAAGCUGGGCGUUGUAACUGAAGCUGCAUCCACCAUGAGAUAUUUCGCUGUCAUCUGUAUCGUUGUUGCUAGCAUGCUGUUUGCCGCGGUAAGUGCACAGACUAGUUCUGACGGGAAUGGCCCGCAUCAGUUUGGCAGUCCGGAAAAUGGAAUUUACAUACGCGGUCAGAAUGAAGGACCCUACAAUGUCCCAGGCGUGACUGGCACAUUCCAGAACUCGCCCUCAAGUGGAAGACAUGCAUACACAGAUGAGAAUGGAAAUACCUAUACUCACUUUCACUCCCAGUCAGGAGGAUCAGCCGCAAAAGGUCUGACUUUGGCCAUCCCCUCUGUAUUGGUAUUCAUCUCGGUCGUUCUUAUGCGUUCAUUUUAAUUAAUAACUGAUGCUUAAAUAAAUAUUCUCAACUACUCUA